GGUCAUUAAAGCAGUGUAAAUAACACACUGAUCUCCUUCUAGGCUGUGCACCAGAGCCCAGAGGGGCUGAGAGAAUCAGCUAGCCAGCAUCUGCAGAUUCAGGCCCCUGGUGACCUCUGUUCCAUUUACUGCUCUGUUCUCAUUGCUGGUUACUUGGUUGGUUGGACAGUAGGAAGGUCAGCCAGUUGGUUAGUUUGGGGGUGUUUUGUGGGUUUGGUUUUUGUUUUUAGGAUUUGUUGACUUUAUUUAAUCUUAUCAUUUCAUGUGUAUGAUUGUUUUGCCUGCAUUUCUAUCUGUGUGCCAUGGUUGUGCCUGGUGCCCUCAGAGGCCAGAAGAGAGCACUGGAUCUCCUGGAACUGAGGUUACAGAUGGUUGUGAGUAUCCUGUGGGUGCUGGGAAUAAACCAGGACCUCUGCAAGAGCAGCCAGCGCUCUAACCAUGUGACAACUUUCUAUCUCCAUGGAGGCUUAAGUGUUGUGGUUGGCUGGUUAGUAGUUGGUUGAUCUGUUAGUUGGUCAGUAAUUUGGUUGUGUGGCCAUGCGUUUAUACACUAAACAUAACGCAUCUGCCCUGAGCUAACUGUGGGCUGGGAGAGGACUCUGUUAUAAAAUGUUUGAUAUACAAACAUGAGGACUGAAUUCAGUCCCUGAAAUACGCAUCGUGAGAAAGAACUGACUCCUCCAAGUUGCUCUCUGGCUACCAUGUCUGCAUGUAUGCAAAACCGGGGAGGAGGAGAGGGAGAGAGAGUGGGAGAAAGAGAAAAAGAAACAGACAUGGCUGCAGAAGCUUAUAAUCCCACCUCUGCGGAGAAAAAAACCAGGCUGGUUCCCUGACUUGCUGACCAGCUACCUGCUUGGGGAGCUCCAAGCUGGGGAAAGACCUCAUAUCAAAAACCAAAAUGGAGAAUACAGCCCCUGAGAAACAACACCCAACAGUGACAUCUAGCCUACACACACACAAUAUACACACAUAUACAUACACACAUGCAUACACACACAUACUCGCAUACACACAACAGAAACUUAAUAAGCAGGCUGAUAUUGUAUCUCCUCUAUCACUGGGAACACUUAGUCCAACCUGCAGACUCUCCGUCUCUCUUGAACCAUCCCAAAUAUUCCAUUUCCGGCUGUUAUUGAUUUUCAGAUCUUCUCUCUGACAACGGUAUGGAAAUGAGCCUCUCUUCACGGUUCCAGACAUGUCUUGAUCUACCUAUGUCAUCUUGGGCAAGGUCUCCCUACUUCGAAUCUUGACCUCUUCAAAAUCCCACGCAUGAUUCAGCCCCAGGGGUCUGGUGAGCUGUGUCCUCUGAUCUCCCACUGUGGAGCUGUCUUGUGCACUUUAGCUUAGUGACGGACUUCAGUUGUAAAUAUUGUUACGUUGUGCUUGCUUGAGAGGUACCGUGAUGGUAUCUUUCAGGUACCAGGGUGGAAUUCUCUGUGUUCUGUCACAAGUGGAUUCUAGGCAGGGGCUCCAUCCCUGAGCCACACACCCAGCCCCUAACUUGAGCUGAACCUGAAUUUAUUCAUAAAUUUUCAUCCCCUUCCUAGUGAGACUCCAGUGGGGGAGGGGGAGGGCCUCCACCGAACAGUUGCAGUAUGAUGUAAAAUUAUCCCACUGGGACCCUUUACCAAAUCACCUGCACUUCCCUAGACAGUGAUGCACUCUGGGAGGAUGGGGGCAUCAAAUGUGUCAACAACCUCAGAUUUUACACUCGUGGGGCUCUUCAGUCACACAGGACCUCAUCUCAUCCUCUUCUUCCUCGUGGCCACCAUGUUCACCACAGGACUGCUAGGCAACACCAUACUGAUUUUCCUGAUUGCCACAGACUCCAGACUCCACAUACCCAUGUACUUCCUGCUCAGCCAGCUCUCACUUCUGGAUAUUGGCUUCCCACUGGUCACCAUCCCCAAGAUGGUGGCUGACUUCCUGCAGGAAAGAAACGCCAUAACCUUCGGGGGAUGCGCCACCCAGAUGUUCUUCCUCAUGCUCAUGGGUGUCUCUGAGGGCGUCCUUCUUUCCUUCAUGUCUUAUGACCGCUACGUGGCUGUGUGCCACCCCCUGCAUUACCAGGUGCUCAUGCGAGGCCAGGUGUGUCUGGUGAUGGUGGGCGCAUCCUGGUUCUCAGGUGUGCUUGUGGCCUCCACCCUGACCUCCAUCACCCUGAGGUUCCCCUACUGUGCCUCACACACGGUGGAUCACUUCUUCUGUGAGCUUCCAGCUCUCCUCAAGCUGUCAUGCGCAGACACAUCCGCCUAUGAGUUGGCACUAUCCAUCUCCGGGGUGCUGAUCUUACUGUUGCCCCUGUCUCUCGUCUUUACCUCCUACGGCCAUGUUCUGGGGGCUGUGCUGCGCAUGCACUCAGCCGAAGCUAGACACAAGGCUUUCACCACAUGCUCGUCACACAUGGCUGUAGUGGGUCUCUUUUACGGGGCAGCCGUGUUCAUGUACAUGGUCCCGGGCAGCUACCACAGCCCACAACAGGACAACAUGGUAUCCCUCUUCUACAGCCUCAUCACACCCACCCUCAACCCCCUCAUCUACAGCCUGAGGAACAGAGAAGUCCGAAUGGCCUUCGUCAAGGCCAUGGGCAGAGCAGACUUCAGGGUGAAGCAGUGACGUUCUGGGGUGCUGGUUUUCCCAGGAGUCCUUCUGUAAGGCUGGAUACAUGCGUGGUUUACUGCAACUGGCCAGCUGCCUCCUCCACGGUGCACUUCUCCCUUCUGUGUGAAAACUAGAAGUUACACUCCAGCUCGGGGUGCAUGCCUGUCACCCCUGCAUUCCGUACAGGGGCGCCAAGGCAGUAAGGGUGCCUCAAGUUUCU